AGAGAGGGGGCCAUCCUAUAAGGGUGAGGAAAGGCAGGGGAGAGCUAUGGCUGGAGCCCACCUGCCUGCCCCCCCUGAGCCACCUUCCCGCUCCAGCCAGGUGUCCUCGCUCGGCUAACCCAAACGCGGUGCCAGCUCUUUGCUCACCGCAGUCACGUCUGUUUGGGUGUCUGCACCAUCCCAGGAGGCAGCUCGGUCUAAAGCGGGUCCCCCCCAGCCCGUGGGGCCAGCGAGGGUGGGCAGCUGGGGUGCACCACGUCCCGCUGAGCCCCUGUCUGCACCCCGGGGACCCCUCUGCAACAAGAGCCACCGCUCGCUGGGAGACAGAAGGAGGAGGAGGAAGAGGAGGAGGAGGGGAGGGUGGUGAUAAGGGGCUUGCUGCGUCGCCUCAUCUCUGCACCCAGCGCACACCCUCGGGUGUGUGUGCGCGGGGUGUUGCGGGUCUGUGCAUCACUGCCGGGGGCUCCGGCUGCGGCAGUCGCGACGCGGAGCUGCCGGCGACCGGGAGUGCAGGGAGCCCCGACUGCGCGACAACGCUGGUGACAAGGGUGGCGAUGCAAAACCCGAGCUCGUUCGUGGAGGGGAGGCUGUGCUGGCAGCGGCACCCGUAAGGAAAGGAGGGGAAGAGGCUUCCCGCGGCAUUCAGCAGCAGGCAGCUGAGGCUCCAGGCACCGGCACCUCCUCCCAGUGUCUCUACCACCACUUGCUUCGGAUGUCGUCCUAAGAGAGAAGAGGGGAAAAAGGAUCCAGAACACCCCCCCCGCAACUGGACAGCCCCUGCUGGAGUCUAACAGGUGUUUGCUGGGAUUCGAAUGGGGAGGGGAUGGGUGGGGAGAAAAGUUAACUGGAGAAAUUGGGGCUAGGAGAGAUGCGAUGAUCUUGCACCAAGUGGAUGUGCCGUGUCUGCAUGUGAAUAGCGCGUCUGGAGAAGCUCGCAGGGAUGUCUUGCAAGUGAUCCGCUUGAUCACCGUAGAAACGCUCCCCUCCGCCUGCAAACUUUCCCUUGCUACAAGUUGGGAGGAAGAAGAAAGCAUCAGAAAAACCCAUUAAGGGGAAGAUCUCAGCGGACAAAAACGCUUGAGCUAAACUGUUGCAUCCCGAGCCGGGGCUGAGGUGCGAGCAUUCCGGCAGUGUCUCCUGGGCUCCCAAGCCACUUGGCAGUGGGUGGCAUUGGCCAAGGCGCCCGGCAGUGUCCCUCGCACUGGGGACAGGCCGAGCAGCAUGCUGGCUGCGGCUCCUGUGGCCGGCCAGCACACCCCGCGCGCCUGACCCGCCGGUGGUGCCGGGGCGGUGGCGGCCAUGGCUGCAGCCAUCGCCAGCUCCCUGAUCCGCCAGAAGAGACAAGCCAGGGAGCGGGAGAAGUCCAAUGCCUGUAAGUGUGUCAACAGCCCCAGCAAGAGCAAGGGAAGCUGCGACAAGAACAAGUUGAAUGUGUUUUCCAGGGUCAAACUCUUUGGCUCCAAGAAAAGGCGAAGAAGGCGACCAGAGCCUCAGCUUAAAGGUAUAGUAACAAAGCUAUACAGCAGGCAAGGAUACCACUUGCAGUUGCAAGCAGAUGGAACAAUUGAUGGAACAAAAGAGGAGGACAGUAGUUAUACUUUGUUUAACCUCAUACCUGUGGGUUUACGAGUGGUGGCGAUUCAGGGGGUUCAAACAAAAUUGUACCUGGCAAUGAACAGCGAAGGAUACCUAUAUACAUCAGAACAUUUUACACCUGAAUGCAAGUUCAAAGAAUCAGUAUUUGAAAACUACUAUGUGACGUACUCUUCAAUGAUCUACAGACAGCAACAGUCUGGCCGGGGUUGGUAUUUGGGUCUUAAUAAAGAAGGAGAAAUCAUGAAAGGAAACCACGUGAAGAAAAAUAAACCUGCAGCACACUUUCUUCCAAAACCAUUAAAAGUGGCCAUGUACAAAGAGCCUUCUCUCCACGAUCUCACAGAGUUCUCAAGAUCUGGAAGUGGGACCCCAACAAAGAGCAGAAGUGUUUCAGGAGUGCUAAAUGGGGGUAAAUCCAUGAGCCAAAACGAGUCAACGUAGCCAGGUUCAGGCAAGCCAAGUGCUCUCUAAACAGAACCUUACCUCUGGAUGCAGUUGAAUUCUUACUAGCAGUCUUUCAUCCAAACAUUCAAUUGCCCAGGACAAGCCACUGAACUUGCAUAGGUCACUCGUUUAUCAGCCAUUAGAUCUACUGGUUGUCAAAGGAUAUACCCCAAUAAUGUAGAAUAUGCUUGUGCAUAUCACAAGGCAGUUGGAUAGCCAACAAACAUAACUGCGGAAUAAAUCUCGGAGAAGAAAUGUCCAGCUCUUUCUCUCUGUCUCUUUUUCUCUCUCUCUUUCUCUCUCUCUCCUAUGCUUUGUGGAAUACGAAACAAAAACAUUUCACAGCGUUCACUGCUGAUAAGAAUUUGCUUUCCAACUCAGAAAAAAAAAAAAGACCACUUUUGCUCUUCAAAGGAAAUUUUAAUGCUUGUAUGUUUUAUAGGGGCAAAGAAAAAAACAAAUAUGUAAACUCUGUUGUUUCCUUGGCUUACUGUUUUAUAUCUAAGGCUUGAUAAAAACAAAAAUGUAUCCUUUUAAUUUGGAAUAGUGCAACUUUUUGAUUUCUCAACUCCAAUGGGUCUUUAAAGCUCUGUCUUUAAAACAGCUAAUACUAAAUUCAGGGUUGGAACUGAGAGUUGGUGUCUCAGGCUCAAGCAAACAGUGUUCUUGUGGUUUUAAACACAACGAAAUAAUAUGAAUUUUUAUAGAUUUGUAGUUUCUGGUAAAGUUCUUGUGCUAACCCCAGUCUGUAGGAAUCGAGUUGUUUUGUUAUCCCAAGUGGAAGUUAACAGAAAGGGAUAAAAUUAUCCUCCAGUGUAGUUUUCUCUUAAUUCCAUUUUGUGUGUCAUGUUAAACUAUUGUCGUGGCUUCUUUUCUAAAAAGACAGAAACUGUGGAAUUAAGGUGACUUAAUUUUUUUAUAAGAAAUGUCUUAUUUGUAAAAGUCCUUCUUUCACUGUAAUGGGCACGUGAAUAUUGUGUAGGAGGAAGCGUUAGGACAGGUUACCCCUAAACAACAUAUACUUAUACAUGCUAUUGGAAACAAUUGUUUAAAAAAAUGUAGUUAGGUUUCCAUUUAGGUCAUCAUGUCUGUUGCAUGGGAGAAAGUUGGAAUAUUGGCAUAGAGUUGCAUGAUGUGUAAGAUUUUGUGCAUUAAUCAUCGUUGGAUUCUGUGCUCCAAAACUGACAUAGUUGUGUACAGGCAGCUUUCUGCCUCGUACAAAAAGAGUUGUUUAUUAUUUGUUGUAUUCACAACCAUGCACUGAAUAAACUAUUUAUAUUAAGAUGUACUUUUUAAAAAA